AUGGAGAAAAACUACGCCGCAUGGAAAGCACGCGCAUUCUCACAGUUCUCCGCUAGCUUUGCGCUCGAGGGCUAUUUGGCUGAGGCCAGCCCUUUUUAUCAGUUACCAAUGGCUUCGAAAACAGCCCAACGUACCCGCACUGCUGUUACCAGCUACGAGAGCGAACGAUCGGAGUUGAGUGGAGAAGAGAUGCCAUCGAAGGACGAGACAGAAGAGCAGCUUGAAAAAUUGCUCUUUGGAGACUCCUGGGGAUUUCAUGAUGCGAUAAGCGGUCACAAAGCAACAUCUACCGACUUGGUUUUACAAGAGACGCCAGAGUCGGGCGAAGAAGAUGAAGAAAUCGCAGACAAUGACUCCAUUGACUAUUUUGCUGGGCUGGAUGAUUCUGACCUAUUUAUUCUAGAUACAGGCAACGGCGAAGUCCUGCCGAAUGCCCAGGCCCCAUUAAAGCUAGAAAAGCGUUUAGCGAUCGACGCCUCUUUAUCUGACACUGAGAGCGCACCCGCUGCGUGGGAAGAUAGUGACGAUGAGCGCAUUACAGUAUCGCUUGCGACAAACCAGCGGAUGCGUAAGCUGAGAGUAGCGGAAUCAGAAGAUCUUGUUACUGGGAAGGAAUAUUCACGGAGGCUUCGAAAGCAAUUUGUUCAGCUACAACCUAUGCCUGAGUGGGCACAUCCUCAAACCACCCGGGCUGCGAAGAGACGGAAAACUGGACGAAAUGAUACGAGUCUCUUCGCAGAUGAAUCAGGAGCUAGUGGAGAUGAAAUCGACAGUGACACAGAAGACAGCUUGUCGCAGCAGCCUUUGGCGCGGUUACUGCAGAACAUUGGGAGUCUCACAAGCAAGGGUGAACAAGAUAAGCCGAAGGGAACCGUCAAAUUUCGACAAGGCGUACUGGAUAUUCAACGGCUAAAAGAUGUUGGAGGGAACCAACCUUCGACGAUCGAAUCUCUAAAUUUCCAUCCGCACUACCCUCUCCUCCUCUCUUCAGGGCCUGCGUCAACUCUUUUCCUUCACCACGUUUCCCCGCAAUCCCUAUCGCCAAACCCACUCCUUACCUCUCUUCAUAUUCGUCGAACUCCUCUUCGAACGAGCGCAUUUCUGGCUCCCAGCGGCAAUCGUAUCUUCUUUUCUGGUCGCCGUCGGUACUUUCAUAUUUGGGAUUUGGAUACCGGCAAGGUCGAGAAGGUUAACGGUUCAGCAGACCGUAAGGAAGAGCAGAAAUCCAUGGAGCGGUUCAAACUUUCACCUUGUGGGCGGUGGAUGGGCCUGGUCGGAACCACGAGGAAAGGAGGCGGUAUCAUCACUGUUCUUGAUGCAAAAACUAUUCAAUGGGUCUCUCAGGUACGAGUUGACAGUCGUGGUGGAGUGGCUGACUUUGAAUGGUGGAGCGAUGGCGAAGGAAUGUGUGUUGUGGGAAAGAACGGAGAAGUAAGUGAAUGGGAUGGCAGAGAAAAACGUAUUAUCGCAAGAUGGGUUGAUGAAGGGGCUGUCGGAACUACAGUCAUUAAACUUGGAGGUAAGUCCGGCAAACCACAGCUUGGCGGUGAUAGAUGGGUGGCAAUUGGAAGCUCUAGUGGCAUUGUGAAUAUAUACGACAGGAGACCAUGGGCUGGCGCGACAGCAAGUAUACCACAGACCGCUAUGAAAUCAAUAAAAGCCAAAGGAGAGCCCGAUAACAUGCAAUUCGGCAUUCCCAAAAAUCCGAAACCAACGCGAAUGUUGGACCAGCUAACGACUCCCGUGAGUCAUCUUGCUUUCUCGAACAACGGACAAUUGCUUGUAAUGGCAAGUCGGUGGAAGAAAGAUGCCUUGAAACUCGUUCACCUUCCCUCCUGUACUGUAUAUAAGAAUUGGCCAACGUCGAAUACGCCGUUUGGCCGUAUUUCUGCUGUUGCUGUCUCCCCAAUGUCUGAUAUGCUAGCAGUCGCAAAUGAACAGGGGAAAAUUCGCCUGUGGGAGAUCCAUGGAUAA